ACGUUCCAUUCUCUGGAAUUGGAAUGGCCUGAGGUUCGCUGCACUGCCCGCUGAGCGCCCCCCCUGGAUCACACUCACUGAGUGCACACUGCCAGCCUCCAGCUGCCAAAGGAGUUAAAGUGCACACUGCUAUAAACCGGGGAACUGAUGAGAGAAUGUCAGUGGCAGGUCUGAAGAAGCAGUUCCACAAAGCCAGCCAGCUGCUAAGUGAAAAAAUUAGUGGAGUAGAAGGAACAAAACUCGACAAUGAUUUUCAAGAGAUGGAAAGAAAAAUUGACAUCACUAAUAAGGUUGUUGCAGAACUACUAUCCAAGACAACAGAAUACCUACAGCCAAACCCAGCAUACAGGGCAAGGCUCGGAAUGUUGAACACAAUGUCAAAAAUCAGAGGACAAGUUAAAAACACAGGAUAUCCUCAGACAGAAGGUCUGCUCGGAGACUGCAUGCUGCGCUAUGGGAGAGAGUUGGGGGAUGAUUCUGAAUUUGGAGGAGCCUUGCUGGAUGUUGGUGAAUGUAUGAAACAAAUGGCAGAGGUGAAAGAUUAUCUAGACAUCAAUGUCAAGCAAAACUUUAUUGAUCCUCUACAGUGUUUACAAGACAAGGACUUAAAAGAAAUUCUGUACCAUUUGAAAAAACUCGAAGGACGCCGCUUGGAUUAUGAUUACAAAAAGAAGCGUCAUGGAAAGAUCCCCGAUGAAGAAGUCAGACAAGCUGUCGAAAAAUUUGAAGAGUCCAAGGAACUUGCAGAAAGGAGUAUGUUCAAUUUUUUAGAAAACGAUAUAGAACAAGUAAGCCAGCUGGCUGUUCUAAUAGAAGCUGCGUUAGACUAUCACAGACAGUGCACUCACAUCCUGGAAGACCUCCACAGCAGGUUGCACAACAGAAUUAAUACCGCAUCUAGUCGCCCUCGCCGGGAACUCCAAUCAAAAUCAAUAAUGUCAACUCUGGAGUGUACGGACAGGCUGCAGCAUAAUGGCCUUUCCUUCAAUACAUCGAUGACGUUAUCAGCCAAAACACGCCCACCUAAGAGCAACAAGAAGGCUACGACCAAACCCUCUAAUUGUUCUAGUGUACAUUUUGACCAACCUUGCUGCAGAGCACUUUACGAUUUUGAACCUGAAAAUGAAGGAGAGCUUGGAUUUAAAGAAGGUGACAUCAUUACUUUAACCAACCAAAUUGAUGAGAACUGGUUUGAAGGUAUGGUCAACGGAGAAUCUGGAUUCUUCCCCAUCAAUUACGUAGAAGUUGUGGUUUCACUCCCUCAGUGAACAGCACAAUGGUUUCAUGAAAUAUGGACUCACAAAACCAUUUUGGAUGUGGCAUUCUAUGAACGCCUUGCUACUUGACUUCCAACUUUUAGUAUCCGUCGUCAUUUUUUAUGUAUUUAUUUUAU